AUGUCAGCUUGUGAACACGGACAUAAAUUGUUGGUCCAGAUGCUGGUUGGACGUGGAGCGGAUGUCAAUUGCAGAGACACAAAAAGGAACACACCGUUGUUGAUUUCUGUACAGAAUCAUUUCACUGACAUUGUGCAGUUUCUUCUUCAAAACAAGGCAGAUGUCAAUGAUUGUAAUUCUCAAGGUAACACAGCUCUUAUGCAUGCUAUUCAAAAUGGUAGUGUACGGAAUGUAUCAUUUCUACUUCAGUUUGUGAAAGACAGAGAGGAGUUAUUAAAUGUACAAAAUGAUGAAGGUUUAACAGCUCUUAUGCUUGCAGUAUACACCUGGAGUCGAAUUGCUCAGCCCCAAGUCCUUCUUGCCACUGGUCCGACCCCUUUUAGACCUAGCUCCCCUCCCGCCCCACCCCAUUAG